UUUCGGGUCGAAUUUUUGAGUUUCUAUAUCUCAGCUCUGGAAGGGUCUAGAGCCCAGGGGCGUCGCAACCAUGGGGGAUGUGGGUGUUUUAACACCCACACUUUUCCCGGUGAGAGUGUUCAACACCCGCACUUUUUCUGCCGUUUUUCCGCAGUUUUACACAAACGCCUUUCUACAGUCGCUCCUCCGUUUCUCUGGCGCUCAGUGUGUGUGUGUGCGCUCGCUGUGGCUGUCUCCUCUCAAACAUGACACCGGCUUUGAGUGUGUCCGGCUGAUGAUUGGCUGUUCUGCCUUAAGUCCCGCCUCUCUUGAUGUGUUAGAUGUAUCGGUCAGCUCGUGCUGAGGAGGCGGGAACUUAUGGUUGUUUACAUCUCCCUUUUCCAGGUACUUUGAAUGAGUGUUUAUGCUUUCGAGUUUUUUAAAUAAGCUUGAUAUGUGUUUGGGAAGAUGUUAUGUUUAUGUUUUAUUGACAUGUCCAGUGUUUUCAUUAUUAUAUUUCGUAUUUUUGGAUAAACAGUAGAAGACUUGCGUUAGGCAUUCUGUUUGUAAUGCUGCGUGAUUUGAAAAAAAAAACGCGCUCUUUGCUCACACGAUCAGCAUGGUGUUCUGUGUUUUCUCCUAAAUAAAAGCUCAAGGGUUUAUUUCUUACAAGUGAAGAAAUUAGGACAAAAGUAUUGUAAUUUUGAUAGCAUAAUAUAGAAUAUAAUGACAGACUCUAUAUCUUAACUAUAAAGAUGUUUGAGCCCUCUUUAGGUAAGCAACAAGUCCAUGCUUUUUCGUUGUUCAAUGUGCACAGGCCUGGGUCGAAUCCAGUUGAAGCUCUUAAUUUUGAGCUCUCAAUGUGCUCCAGAUUGAUGCAUUUAACCUUAAAAUGUACCAAAUUUUCUUGCGGGGGAGCAUGCCCCCGAACCCCCCUAGAGGGACAGGGGUCUACGUAACAUGCCCAAAUUUAAAUGACACAUCCAUCCCCCACACUUUUCAAAAGCUUGCUACGCCUCUGAUGAACUCAACCAAUCAGCAUUUUCAGUACCAAAGUCCCACCCCUGAAAGUUCCUGAACUUUGAUAAAGUACUACCACUCAAGCAGGGACUUUUGGAGGGGGAAACAUUUACCCGAAACUUCAUUUAGACCCUGGUUCCUGCAGUGUAAACACACAGAGUACCACCCCAAAGUCCCUAGUUCCUGCUUAUGAAAGUCAUUGGGGCCCAACAACUAUAUGGUUACCCAGAAUCUUUGAAAUAUAUAUUUUUUGGUGUUCAGCCGAAGAAAUAAAUUCAUACAGGUUUGAAACAACUUGAGAGUGAGUACAUGACAGAACUUUACCAUUAAUAACGAUGAUUCUUUUGGUUACUAACUGCAUCUUUUUUCUUUCUUUUAGACAUUUAGGUUAUGAAUUCUGAAGGAUACUGAUCUAAAUCAUCAUGGCCAUGUCCAUCCUCACCCAUGUUUUGGCCUGUCUGUUUGGCAUGGGCUCAUGGGUCACCAUCUGUGGUGUGUGGGUGGAGCUUCCUUUAAUCGUUCCACAUGUACCUGAGGGCUGGUACCUUCCCUCCUACCUCACUGUUAUUAUCCAAAUUGCCAACAUCGGACCUCUUUUUGUCACAUUAAUGCACCGCUUCCGCCCAGGAACUCUCAACGAGACAGCGGUUAUUUAUUUUAUUGUUGGUUUUGGGAUACUGGCCAGCUUCUUCCUGGCUUUCUUCUGGAGUGAGACGGUAGCGGUGCGAGGUGUGGAGUGCAGCCUUCCUCUCCUGCUCCUCAUCUUCUUCAUCUCCAUAGUGGACUGCACUUCUUCUGUGACGUUCCUUCCCUUCAUGGCGCGGCUCAAGUCGGAGUAUCUCAUGACUUAUUAUAUAGGGGAAGGCCUGAGCGGUCUUGUCCCAGCUUUAAUGGCGAUGGUUCAGGGUGUAGGUGUGAUGGAAUGUGUAAAUGCAUCUCAAAUCCUCAGAUCCAAUGAAACGCACCUUAAUGAGUCUUACAGAGACGCUAACUACUUUGUGCCUCAAUACCAACCUGCUAACUUUUCAGUUGAAGCCUAUUUUUUCUUCCUGGCUGCUAUGAUGGUGGUUUGUUUAGUGGCGUUCUUACUUUUAAACUACAAUCCAGCUGUGGCUCGAGAGCACUCCAGUAACACAAAACGAAAUGGAGCCCAUACAUCCCACAGGAAAAACAAGAGAUCUGAACAGAAACCAAUGAUGCGUUCUCAAAAUACUGAGAAGCCCAGGAGCACGUUUGGGACCGGGACGUAUACGUGGAUACAAGUAGUGUACAUCUACAUUAUCCUAGCAUGGGUAAACGCUCUGACCAAUACUGGCUUGCCGUCAGUGCAGUCGUAUGCAUGUUUACCAUAUGGAGACCAGGCCUAUCAUUGGUCAGCCACUAUGGCGAAUGUUGCCAAUCCUAUAGCUUGCUUCAUCACCAUGUUUUACACUCAAAGGUCUUUAGUGCUGAUGGGUGUUCUCACUUCUAUUGGCUCUCUAAUUGGAGUUUUCAUUAUGAGCAUGGCUGUGUUGAGUCCCUGUCCACUGCUCGUUAAUGAGACCUCUGGAGCCAUCAUUAUUGUGUUGGCGUGGUUCUUUUUUAUCUUCGUCCUAUCCUACGUAAAGGUGAUUGUUGCUGUCAUUUUGCGCGAUGAAGGCCACAGCGCCCUUGUGUGGUGUGGAGCUGUAGUGCAGUUGGGCUCAAUGUUGGGGGCAGUGACUAUGUUUCCUUUGGUCAAUGUAUUUGAAUUUUUCACCUCAGGUGACCCAUGUAACACUAAUUGUCAAUAAGAAAUGAGAUCUGUAAAUAAUGUUAAUAAUAUUAUACUUAAUUGUGGCGCAAAUGUAAAAAAAAUUAUUCGAAUUUUUGUCAGAAAAGGAAAUUGAUUAAAACUAAUAUCAAAUAUUUUAAUUAAUGUAAAAUAAUCUUGCUUUCAAUGUCAAUUGUUUUUGCAUGCUAUUCAGAUGUUUUUAUUACAUUAACAAUGUUUGUAAAAUAUGAAAAGACAAUGCAGAAGAGCAGAACGCAUGUGGCGGAAGACAA